AUGGAUCUCAAUAACCUCAGAGAUCAGGUUAGCAACCUGACCUUGUACGAUAUCAAGGCCGGUGUUCGCAAGAUGCAAAAUGCUGUCAUGAACUAUACCGAGAUGGAGUCCAAGGUCCGGGAAGCUACAAACAACGAGCCUUGGGGUGCUUCGACCACGUUGAUGCAGGAGAUUGCCAAUGGAACACACAGCUACCAAAUGCUGAACGAGAUCAUGCCUUUGAUUUACAAGCGUUUCACCGACAAGAGCGCCGAGGAAUGGCGACAGAUCUACAAGAGUCUUCAACUUCUCGAAUUCCUGGUGAAGAACGGAUCGGAGCGGGUGGUCGACGACGCGAGGUCUCAUAUGUCACUCCUACGGAUGCUCCGGCAGUUCCACUACAUUGAUAUGAAUGGAAAGGACCAGGGAAUCAACGUGCGCAAUCGAUCUUCGGAGUUGGUCAAGUUGCUGGGCGAUGUUGACCAAAUCCGUGCCGAGCGGAAGAAGGCCCGUUCAAACCGGAACAAGUUCAGCGGUUUUGAGGGCGGUAUGAAUGUGAGCGGAAUGAACAGCGCCAGCUCCGGUCGCUAUGGUGGCUUUGGAAGCGACAGUAUGGGAUACGGCGGCUACAGCGGAGGUGUCUUCGGUGAUGGCGGAGGAUUCGGUGGUGCUUCGAGUGAUUUUCAAGAAGGUGGCGGUGGCAGCAGCGGCGGCCGUCGGGGCAAUCGCUUUGACGAGUAUGAUGAGUAUGAUGAGGGAGAUAUCAGCCCGCCGCGUCGCGAAGCUCCUGCUGCGGCGAAACCACCUCCAAAGAAGCCCGAGCCGGCACCUGUGGAGGACCUCUUCGACUUUGGUGAUGAUGAGCCCGUCGCUCCGGCAGCGCCUGCCUCCAACACGGCUGGCAAGCAGCCUGCUAGCAGCGCAUUGAACAUGCUGGAUUCGGCGCCCAUCGAUGACGAUGAUUUCGACGACUUCCAGUCCGCGACUCCAGCUCCUCAGCCUUCGGCGCAAACAUCGUCGAACCAAUUCGGUAUUCCGCCUCCCGCCUCAACAGCUAGCACGACUUCUAACACUCAGUUCGUCGCCCCUCAACCAGUGUCUGCAUCGCAGGGUGCCAACAUCAAUGGACUGGUCGGCUUCACAUCGGCCAGUCCCACCCCGCCUACCAGCGGACUCGCCUCGCCCGUCUCGAACGCCCCAUCUGGCGGCCAGCCGGUGAUGGCCCCGAUGGCCUCCAAGCCUUCAGGCUACCAAGCUGCCACCCCCAACUACUUCACCUCUGUUUCUACCAACGCCCCUCAGCCCUUCUCCUCUCACACCGCUACUUCCUCCAUGUCCUCUGCGACUAUCCCGUCAGCUGCCGGUAACAAGCCCGGCGCCGCGGCUUCCAAACCCAAGCCCUCCGGUGAUGCUUUCGGCUCUCUCUGGUCCUCCGCCAGUGCAAGCGCGGGCAUUGCCAAGAACAACACCGGCGCCAACAAGGGCCCCAAUCUGGCCAGCAUGGCCAAGGAAAAGGCCAGCGCCGGUAUCUGGGGUGCCCCGGCCUCCAACACUGCUUCCCCCGCGCCGUCGGGUCAAACCCAGCAAAAGCAGGGUGGCUCCGCAUUCGAUGACCUGCUUGGUUGA